ACAUGUUACUUGGGUCCCCGAACGUUGGAUAAAUAACGUGAAUUCUUUCAUGGUUCGGGGGUUUCUAAAACGAUAUCCAGAUGAUCCUCCAAGAAUGGAGGAGGCUUUACCAGAGGAGUGGACAAAGGUUGACCGGGUUCUGGAUGUCGAAUUUAAGAAUGGGAAAACAUUGUAUAGUGUUACUUUCACGAAGAUGGAUGUGGAUUUUCACAGUGUUAAGGAGGUCAAGAAAGCUUUUAUUAAAUGGCAAGGGUUACAUUAUGAUGAGGCGUGCUGGGAAGAAUCUAUUGAUACAAAAAAAGACUUGGACUUCCGUAAUGCAUACAAAGCCCGACUCGAGAACAUGAAGAUAAAAUUUCCCAUAAUUCCUCCUACUAUACGCAAGAAUAGAUCGAGAGCGAGACAGCAAUUUAUUGAAUUCAAACAGCAACCGCCGUAUAUCCCUUAUACUCUUAUGGACUAUCAACUCGAAGGUGUCAACUGGCUUCUUUACCAAUACCAGAACCAAUCCUCUUGUUUGCUCGCUGAUGACAUGGGCCUUGGGAAAACCAUUCAAGUGAUAUCAUUUCUAUCUAUCCUACACAGAGAACAUGGUGUAUUUCCUAGUCUUAUUGUAGUACCUAAAUCGACAGCCAUCAAUUGGGUAAGGGAAUUCAAGAAAUGGAGUCCAAUGUUGCAUGUCGUUGAGUAUCACGGUGAGGCAACGUCGAGGCAAAUGAUCGAAAAAUAUGAGCUGUUCCCAAGAGGGGACAAAAGUUUGGCUUGUCAUGUUGUUGUAACUACUUACGAAACAAUGAUGGGCUUUCCGGGAGUGUUUGCUCGCGUGCCAUUAUGGCAAGUGCUGGUUGUUGAUGAGGCACAUAGGUUGAAAGGCGGAAGUACUAGUCUGCUGUUUGCGACACUGAAGAAGAAAAUUAAAUUGAAGCAUCGAGUACUUCUUACCGGUACGCCCUUGCAGAACAACAUUGAAGAGCUGUUCAAUUUGAUGAAUUUUCUUGGACUGGAGGACUUUGAAGACCCAAAAGAGAUGGCUGAGGCGUAUGGAGAUUUGAAUAAAGAGCAAUUGGAACAGUUACAUGUAAAAUUAAAGCCUUAUUUUUUGCGGCGUAGUCGUGAACAAGUCCUAGGGUUUUUACCUCCAAAGGCCGAAAUAAUAGUUCCUGUGCAAAUGACAUCCCUUCAAAAGAAGCUGUGCAAAGAAAUUCUAGCAAAGAACGUAACACUUCUUCAGAGCAUUCUGAAAAAAACUCAACUUGGCGCUGGUCGUCGGAUGUCUCUUCAUAAUAUUCUCGUUGAACUGCGUAAAGUUCUUUGUCAUCCGUAUUUAAUACAUGGAAUCGAAGACACCGAUAUUGAGGAUGAGGAUAUUGUACAUAAAAAUUUAAUCGAAGCUAGCGGGAAGUUAAUGCUACUGCAGAAAAUGCUACUGAAGUUAAAAGAACGCGGGCAUAAAGUGUUAAUAUUUUCGCAGUACAAAAUGACUUUGGAUGUGAUUGAAGAUUUUUUGGUAGCAGAAGGCUGGGAAUACGUUAGGCUUGAUGGUGAUACUAGCGGAGAUGAGCGUCAGGAAAUGAUUGACGAAUUCCAAGCUCCAGGCUCAGAUAAAUUCGUAUUUCUAUUGACAACGCGGGCUGGAGGUGUUGGAUUAAACUUGACCGCGGCAGAUACUGUCUUUAUAUAUGAUCCUGACUACAAUCCUCAUAUGGAUAUGCAAGCAUUGAGUCGCGUGUAUAGAAUAGGGCAGGAAAAGAAAGUUCUUGUAUUUAGGUUUGUAACCAGAGCGUCAGCGGAAGAACGCAUAGUCCAAAUUGGUAAACGAAAAUUAGUCCUCGAUCAUUUGAUAGUCGAAAAAAUGGAAGAAGAAAACCUUGGGGCGAAUGAUGUCGAGAGCAUAAUCCGUUUUGGUGCUGAAUCCCUGUUCAAAGAUGAAGCAGACGAAACGCCGUUGAAAUAUGAUGAUAAAGACAUCGACAAACUGCUUGAUCGCAGUCAUCUGGUAAAGGAGAUUAAUAACCAAGAGGAAACAAAGAAUCUCAACGGACUUGCAUUUGCCAGGAUAUGGGAUACAGAUAAGAAAGACUAUGCUGAAUUUGUAGAUGAUGAACAAGAAGGUCAGAGUGAGGAUAUAUGGGAAAAAUUGUUGGAAGAGAGAUUAGCUCAUGCUACUGUUCAGGAGUCCACUCCGAAGGGACGAGGGAAAAGAAAGAGAACGAAAGUGAUCAAUUAUUAUGAACAAGACGUUGAUCAAUCGCCGUCAGCCAAAAGACGCCGAAAAAAGGAGAAGGAACGAGCAAAAGAAAUUGAUGACGAGUUUGUUCCUAAUGCUGAAGAUACUGAUAUCUCUAGUUCACUUGGAAGUGACGCAGACUUGGUCACUGAACAUCUUCCGGCUAUUGACCUCACUGAUACCGACAAAGAAAACUCUCCCGCACGCCCAGAACAUGCUACACCAGAAAUGGUUAAUCUCCAUACGUAUAAUAAUCAACCAACACAAAUGUACCGAGGUCAAGCAAUGAUGAAUCAACAACAACAUAUUAAUCAAGAAGACCACGACCAACAACAGUUAGCCCAAGCACAAUUGAGGGCUGUAGUAGAAGCCCAGGUUGCUAGAGCCCAAGCCCAAGCCCAGCUUCAAGCCGCUCAAAUGACCGCUGCUCAAGUUCAGGCUGCACGAUUACAAGCUGCCCAGCUUCAAUAUUAUUAUCCAAAUAAUCAACAAAGUGCUGCUUGGAUAGAAUAUCAGCGCCAAUACACCCAACGUCUUGUUGAAAUUUAUGAAGAGCGUCACCGCCGUGCAGUUAUGCAACAGUCUCCACCUGGGAUACAACAACUCGUGGUUUCUCCCACUUCUUUUCCAAGUGCACUACAGUCAUCACUUGAGAGCGGGCAAGAGCAGUCAUCAUUAACUCCUACUACCUCUCCUCAAAACACAUCUGGUAGUGAACAAGAACGAUUUUCACAGAUUUCCUUCAUCCCUUCUCAAAAUGCCUCUUCGUCUGAAAAGGAACAAGAACAAACCUUACCAACUUCUUCUCAAAGUGCUUCGCUAUCUGAGAAGAGACAAGAGCAAACCUCAUCAACCCCUUUUCAAAGUUCACUCUCGCCAUCUUCAUCUGGAAACAACCGAGAGAAAGCCUCACCAAUUUCGCUCUUUCCUUCUCAAACUACGCUUCCGUCAUCUCCAUCCGAGAAACGACAAGAGCAGUCUUCUUCAGUCUCUUCAGAGAGUAUUCUUCAAUCGUUACCAUCCGGGAAUGAUCAGGAUCAAUCCUCGCCGAGUCCUUCUCAACAGUCGACUCAAACUGAAAAGAUGCAAGAGCAGACCUUUCCCAUCUCUUCUCGAAAUACGCUUCAGUCAUCCGAAAAGAAACAAGAUCAGCCUUCUUCAGUCUCUCCUGAUAGUAUACUUCAAUCGCUACCAUCUGGGAAUGAUCAUGAUCAAUCCUCGCCGAGUACUUCUCAACAGUUUCCUGUCUCUUCUCAAACUACGUUUCAUUCAUCUGAAAAGGGACAAGACUCUUCUGAUAGUAUACUUCAAUCGUUACCAUCCAGGAAUGAUCAAGAUCAAUCCUCUCCGAGUCCUUCUCAACAGUCAACUCAAACUGAAAAGAUACAAGAACUCAUGUCUUCUCAAACUACGCUUCAAUCAUCUGAAAAGAGACAAGAGCAGUCUUCUUCAGUCUCUUCUGAUAGUAUACUUCAAUCGUUACCAUCUGGGAAUGAUCAUGAUCAAUCCUCGCCGAGUCUUCAAGUGUCAAUCCAAGCUGAAAAAAUACAAGAACAAACUUUCCCCACCUCUCCUCAAAAUACACCACAGCCUUUUACACCAGAGAAUAGGCAAGAGCAAUCCUCCCCAACUUCGUCCUCUCCACAACAAGUAACAGAACCUUCAUUACUUCCGGACUCUCCACCUCAUCACGAAGUCCACGUUCUUAUCCAGCAAACUCCUCCUCCUCAAGUAACACUAAUAACGCCCCCACCAUUGCGUCACACACGACGUUCAGCGAGGCAAAGGGAGAUUGAUGAGCUGCUGGCGUUCAUCGAAGCUAUACAGCAGAGUGAUGAACCUAUUAAAAGACGAAAACGUGCAAUGGAAGCAAUAUAUUCUAAACUACAAGAAUUGAGUUAUGACGUGGAUGAUUACUUUAAAGGUCGUCUGGAAAACCAUGACAUCGAUCCUGCCAUCAUACCUUCUCAGGUUUUAGUCAAAAAUAAAAGGACGACUCGGAAUAAUGGGAGGGGGAAUACCAAUAUUGCAAAAGCCGUACGAUAG